GGUGUCAAGUUUGGGAGGCCCUGGACCACAUGAGGCAGCUUCUCACGGGGUCACUGAGCUGGAGCGAUGAGAAGACCAUUAGCGACCCCGCUUGAGUGCCUUUGGGAACUACAACCCCCACUGAGCCCAGAACAAGAGAGUUUAUUAUCCCGGCAAACCCACAAGGGUUUCUUUUGAAUGGAGAAACGCCUCAUUUGCUGCAACCGGUGGAUUUUUGUUCAUUUUGAAAACCUGUACCAAGACCAACACUGCACCCACAUAAUCCCUGAAAAGGCCAUAGGGAACCGCUGUAAGCCCGCACCUAAACAGCCCAAAGCUAAAUUUGCUCACGGUGGCAGCUCCUCAUGGAAGCCUGGAAGUUUCGGGAAGAGCAGAAAGGUAACCGGGAGCUGAAGUUAGCGGGGGGACGGUAAACUUCCUCUGCCACGUCUGAGCUCCAGCAAAAGCAGCACUUCCUCCGGAGCUCACAGCGAGGACCGCGGCGGAAAAAGGACAGGGACACACGUGAAUUAAUUAACGAACUGCCAUGCUGCCCAGGCUCCCUUUCUGUCUCCUAAUUUCUCUGCCAGUUCUCCUGGUGCAAGGGAGCACCACUAAUUCAUCCAAGAAGAGCGCCGAUGCCCCGGCCGGUCCAGUAUCUCGCCCGCCGCCGCUGCCUCCUCCCCCCCAGGGUGACCCGAGCUGGACCCUAGGUCUGCGGCUGUACCAGGCCCUCCGCUCCGACUCGACCUCCGUAAAUGUCCUCUUCUCUCCUCUGCUGGUGGCCUCCUCUCUCGGAGCACUGGGGGAAGGUUCAGGCGGUAACACCUCCAACCAGGUUCAAGGUCUCCUCAACCCACCGUCCCCCGUCAAGGUUGACACGCAGGUUCCCGAACGUCUCGCCGAGGCGUUGAAGAGCUUCAGUGAAGCCAACGGAACCAGCUUUCACCUGCACGCAUCCUCAGCUGUGUUUUCCAAGCAGGUCCCUCCAGUCGACCAGGCCUUUGUGAAGCAGAGUCAGACUAGGUUCAGAGUGAAGCAUCAGACUCUGGGGAAAGGAGACUCCAAGGCUGACCUGAAGCAGCUUCAGGACUGGGCCAAGGCCAGCCUUAGUGGACUGGAAGGCGCUCCUUUGGAGGCCGAAAUCAAGGCCAGGGCUGGAGCUUUGAUCCUGGCGAAUGCAGUGCGUUUAAAAGGGCUGUGGGAGAGAGAGUUCAGCGAGGAAAGCACAGAUCGUCGUACCUUCCUGGGAAAGAAAUACACCAAAGUGGUGAUGAUGCACAGAGCAGGUUUGUACCGCUUCCAUGAAGACACUGACAACAUGGUGCAAGUUCUAGAGGCGCCUCUGUGGGGAGGCAGGGCCAGCGUCGUGCUCCUGCUGCCCUUUCAUGUCGAAAAUCUGGCUAGGUUGGAAAAGCUGCUGACCCUGGAGCUGCUGUCCAAGUGGCUGGAGAAGGCCAGUGUAACCAGUGUGGCCAUCUCUCUGCCCAAGGCAAACAUCACUAGCACGCUCAGUCUGCAGAAACAGUUGGUUACUCUGGGUUUGACCGAUGCCUGGGACCAGAAGUUGGCUGACUUCUCUGGGGUGUCAGCCAAGAGCAAAGGAAAGCUUCACCUUGGUGGCGUCCUCCACUGGGCUACCCUGGAGCUGGCUGCUCAGACAGGGAAAGAAGACGCUGACCUACAGGAGGAGCACAUUGAUCGGCCUAAAUUGUUCUACGCCGAUCACCCCUUCAUUCUCUUCGUCAGAGACAGCGCCACGGGAGCCCUGCUGCUGAUGGGAGCUCUGGACCACGCGGAGGGAGAGCCCUUACACGAUGAACUGUAGCACCCUCCUGUCGCGUUAUCCUUCUUUUCUCAUCUUCGGUGUUUCUUUUCUUUUCGCAUCCCCCUCUCAAAGACUGCACACUGGUUUCUGAGUGGAGACAUUGUCAUUCACUGUUGCACACAAUCACAUCAGACUACGUCUGGCUGUCAGACUCUGACACCGCGUAGUGUCACACUGACUGACACUGACACCGACACCGCCAUACUCGACAGAGUCACACACGCACAGUAUCACCAACAUGGCAUAUAGAACAAAAAUACUGUAUGAGACAUUACUAAAGUUGACGGAUACACCAAAAACACUAACUUUGAGCGACUACUUGCCUUCCCAAGUUUAUAUUUAGAAAGAUUACAACAACUCAAUGACGUCUCCAUGUUGAAUAUAUUUUUGAAAAUUUAGAACAAUGUUGAAUAAAGGGCUGUUUUGGGGGA